UUGUUAUUACACUAGAUAUAUUAUGUCUUGAAUAUGAUAUCGGCAAAAUUAGAAAUGGUUUUAAUAUAACAACAGCGACAACUUCAAGCUAACUGUUCCCAUAAAACGUAUGGAUUUUAAUUUUUGACAGAUGCUUCAUGUCGCUCUAUGUGUUCCAUACACAAAACUAAAACUAAAAGCAAAUAACAGCUGAUUUUAUAUUUAUUGGGAGGUAAAAUUUAUAAAAAAUUUUGUGAAUGCGGCGCGUAUUUCAUACAUUUUUAAGUGUUAUGUCAAAGAAUAAAAACAAAAAGUCUGCUACCGUUGUUGCUGUAGAUGAGAAGAAACCAAGUGAUGGUCCUGUGCAGUUGGACAAAAGCGGAAACAUUUGCAUUCGAAUCCUCGCUAAACCGGGUGCCAAAAUGAAUGGCAUUACGGAUAUAGGAAACGAAGGAGUUGGAAUACAAAUAGCAGCACCGCCCACAGAAGGAGAAGCAAACGCAGAACUCGUGAAAUACCUGUCCAAACUUUUAGGAUUACGGAAAAGUGACGUAUCGCUGGAUAAGGGAUCUCGGUCACGCAAUAAAUUAGUAAUGGUUAGUAAAGGAGUUACCACAAUGGAAAAUAUAAACGAAAUAUUAAAAAGGGAAUGCGAUACGUAGAAAGUAAAAUGUUUAUGUUAAGAAUGAUUUAAUAAAUAUUUCGUCAUUGGAGUUAGUAAGUCUGCAUUUAUAACGAAUAAUGUAAUUUAAUGUAAGCAAAUAGAGCAGCGUGAGAUUGAUUUGCUAAAUUCUAUUACUGAAUAUAAUAAAUUCAUCUUUCUUCAUCUAGAAUAA